AUGGAAGCCCGAAAGAUCAUCGAGAGCGUCCAGGGUAUCUAUGGCGGCCAAACAACUCAUGGCACUUUGCGACUGACGGAUUUCCACCUGGUAUUCUGCGCACCCAUCGAUCAAUCCGCCAAGCCCUCAGAAAGUUCGUCUCACAAACCCAAAGUUCGCGAGAGAUGGAUUCCAUAUCCCAUGCUGUGCUAUUGCGCACUUCGGCCAGUACCACCUGGAUCUCGCCAGGCUCCAUCGAUCCGUUUGCGAUGUCGUGACUUCACCUUUGUGACAUUCAACUUCACCGACAGCGAGAUUGCCCGAGAAGCUUUCGAUUUCAUCAAGUCUCGAACUUGCAAACUAGGGACAGUAGAGAAGCUCUAUGCUUUCUCCCACAAGCCUCUAAAGCAUGAGCGAGAGGUUGACGGUUGGUCGGUCUAUGAUCCAAAAGCAGAGUUCAGACGCCAGGGCAUCAGCGAGAAAUUGCCUGACAAAGGUUGGAGGAUCACGCAUAUCAACAAGGACUAUACCUUUUGCGAUACGUAUCCUGCCUUUCUGGUUGUUCCUUCCAAAAUAUCGGACAAUGUCCUUAAAUAUGCGAAGGAGUUCCGCUCGAGAAACCGUGUGCCGGCUCUGUCGUACAUCCAUCCAGUAAACAACUGUACCAUCACUCGAAGCUCUCAGCCCCUCUCCGGCAUCACAAGGAAGACAAACGUGCAAGAUGAGAAACUAGUAGCGGCAUCGUUCAACGCCCUUUUGCCGCCAGGUUCUGAGGAAAGCACGCCUCUAUCGAGCCAGCCCGAUGUCUCCCUUGGAAACUCAUCACUGGAGCCGGAGCUUUCGGAGACUGAACGAUAUGAAGAUGAACUCAUUUCGAGAUCCGUUGCCGUUUACGAUUCUUCCGGGAAGCGUCAAGUAUAUGGUGCACAGCAGAGCAACUUGAUUGUGGAUGCUCGUCCUACUAUCAAUGCAAUGGUGAAUCAGGUACAAGGAAUGGGCUCGGAAAAUAUGGACAAGUACAAGUUUGCACGCAAGAUAUUCCUUAGUAUUGAGAAUAUUCACGUCAUGCGAAGCUCCCUCAACAAGGUCAUUGACGCACUCAAAGACGCCGACAUUUCACCUUUGCCACCAAACAGAGAGCUGCUCCAUCAGAGUGGCUGGUUACGGCACAUUCAUGAUGUUCUGGAUGGCUCAGCGAUAAUUGCAAGACAGAUCGGAAUCAGCCAUUCACAUGUUCUCAUCCACUGCUCCGACGGCUGGGACCGUACGAGCCAGCUCAGUGCCUUGGCUCAAAUCAUGCUGGACCCAUACUACCGCACAAUUGAGGGUUUCAUUGUUCUUGUGGAAAAAGAUUGGUUGUCUUUUGGUCACAUGUUCAGGCUUCGAUCGGGUCACUUGAACCACGAGGAUUGGUUCACUGUGCAGAGAGAUGCCUUUGCAGGUUCCAAGGUACAGCCCGGAGAGAACGAUGGCCGGGGUGACGCGUUCCAGAAUGUGCUGAGUGGUGCAAAGCGUUUCUUCAACCAGAAUAAAGAUGACCCUGACUUGGCUGCAGUUAGUGAAACAGCCCCUGGAAAGGUUGUUGACGAUGAAGCCACCUCUCCAAAGAUGGUCAGUCCUGUCUUCCACCAGUUUCUUGACUGCACCUAUCAACUUUUACGCCAAAACAAGACUCGUUUUGAGUAUAACGAGCGCUUCCUGCGCCGCCUUCUGUACCACCUGUACUCGUGUCAGUACGGCACUUUCCUCUUUAAUUCAGAGAAGCAGAGAAAAGAUGCGCGAGCUGCAGAGCGGACGUCUUCCGUUUGGGACUACUUUCUGUGUCGGCAAGCUGAGUUCAAAAACCCCGAUUUCGAUGCCAGUAUCGACGACCACAUUAAAGGACAGGAGCGGAUCCUAUUACCGCGACUGAAGGAGAUAAGAUGGUGGCAUCAGUUGUUCGGGAGAACCGAGGAUGAGAUGAACGGUGGUUUAAACGCCGCUGCAGCAGCAGAGACUGACCGCCAAGCCGCCAUAUCAAAUUUACAGUAUCCUAGCGUUAUCCAAGCAGAUGCCGAUCCGCGGUCAUCCAGUUCAAGCUCCAAGUCGGGGCCACCCUCGGUUCUCACGGGAGUUGAGACUGCCCACGAGACACUCACCCCUGAGUCGCGACAUGCACCAAUCGAACGGAGCGCAUCUACCGAACCAAGCGGUAACGCCUUUGCCGCUAUCAGAGACGGGAUUGCAGGUCUCAAUCUAGGCAAGGGAAUGCUGGGGCAACUUACAAAUACUGGCGAGUCAGCAUCAUCGUCAAGUUCAGCCCCCGCACCAGCUCGUAGCGACCAGGAGCUACCGCUUGAGCGCUGCAGCUUCUACAGUGUACCCAGCGAUCUCAGUGGAGAAUGGGAGUAUAUCAAGCGGCGCGAUUCUGAGUCUUUGGGCCUUCGCUCAAGACUUGACUCCAUUGAUGGCCUCCAGCCCUAUGCGGGCCUGCCGACGCCGUGUCACUCUCCAACUAUUGAAAUGCCAAAACCUGUGGCAAAGCUCGAGAGAGUCCUCUCCAAAUCCGAUGGGCAGAGGCGUGCGAUGGCAAAUUCCGAGAUGUAA